AUGGAGGACUACAGCGAAGAGCUCUGGAAGAAGAUCUCCGGUCUCAGGCUGGGAUCUCCCAAAGAGGAGGUUCGUGACGCUUGGAAGCAAAUUCUCGAAUACCACUUUCCCGAGAAAAGUGACGAUCGCCCCGGUGGAGGUUUUGUUCACAAGUACUUCGACUACGAGAGCGAAUCCCCACACAUUGGCAUUGUCAAUCCUCGAGGUGAGCAUUCAUAUUUGCCCGUAUUCUAUUUCUACUGCCAGUCGCUGCCCGCUGCGGCCGGGGAAAGCGUCUUACCAUAUUCUAGGACUCACUGGCGAGCUUUGAAAGAUGCGGUGAAAUUUGAGCUGGUUGGAAUCGUGUCACUCAUCAAGCGGUGCAAGCCGAAUCUAUACGCGGCCAUUGCUGCAGGCCCGUUGGUACGCUUCUGCGGUGUGAACAAAAAGGGCGAGUUCUGGGAUUUGGCUUUGAUGACGAGGAGGGGUCCUGGAAUAUCCACCAUGAUUACGAUGCCAUUCUUGAAGGGCUGUUGA